AUCCUUAAUGUUUCUUUGAUUUCAGGAUGGACUACACAAAAUUCUUCUCCGUUAAUGCCUCUAGGCGUAAACCUUCAUGGAUUGGCCGGCUCAGGAAGUUUGCCAGCAGCCCAAAUAUCUUGUGGUUGGCGGGGGGGCUUCCAAACCCGUCCCGCUUCCCAUUCUCUGAGGCAAAGGUAACACUGAGGGAUGGCAGCGUCAUCAACAUCUCCCCUGAAACCAUGGCUGCUGCUUUGCAAUACGGCAACAAGGAAGGUAACGUGCAACUCUUGAACUACCUGUCGGACCUAACGCAGAGGCUGCACGCACCCCCAUGCUGGUCUCGGACCAAGCAACUGAUAACAAUAGGCCAGGACGGCUUGGCCAAGGCCUUCGUCAUGCUGGUCGAUCCUGGUGAUCACGUAAUCGUCCCUCAGCUUUGCAGCACUGGAAGUUUCUCUGAAUUAUCAGCUCUGAAUCCUCGCUAUAUUUCUGUUGAGGAAGACGAAGAAGGGAUGCUGGCAGAAGACUUAAGGUCGACCUUGGCUCAACUGAAGCUCGAAUCUAUGAUCAAACAACAUGAAUUUCGACCCAAGGUCAUGUACGUGAGUCCUAGCAGCAAUAGCCCCUCGGGAAUGGGGAUGAGUGAGCAACGCCGUCGAGCAAUCUAUGCCAUUGCAUGCGAGUACGACCUCCUCAUUCUGGAAGACGACCCCUACUACUUCCUUCACUUCAAAGAUGACCUUCCACCAAGUUUCUUGAGUCUGGACAACGAAGGCCGAGUAAUAAGAUUCGAUUCCUUCUCCGACGUUGUUAACACUGGGGUGCUUACGGAGGUCAUCACAGGACCGAAACCCCUUGUUGAAAAGAUACUGCAGCACGUGCAAGCUACAGUGCUCGGUGGGAUCGGUUUGCCUCAGGCCCUGUUCACAGAGCUGCUUCAUGCCUGGGGUUUGGAAGGUUUCUUUCGCCACAUAAAGGAAGUGCGUCAACUUUACUGCAGCAGGAGAGAUGCAAUGUUGCUGGCGGCGGAGAGGCAUUUGACUGGAUUGUGUGAAUGGAAUAAGCCUGAAGGUGGGAUGUUCUUAUGGCUCAAGAUUCCUGGAAUAAAGGACACGCAGGAUAUGUUAACUGAAUGCUGUGCGGCCAAAAACCUCUUACUGGUUCCUGGAAACGGCUUCACUACCAACCCGGAGCUUCCUUGUCAGUACGUGAGGGCUUGCUACUCUGCUGCCACGCCUGAGCAGAUGGACAAGGCCUUCGAAAUCCUGGCAGAGCUAAUAAGAGAGGAAAUGCAACGAGACAAGUGUUCGCAAGCUCAAGCAUAAAUAUCUUAGCAGAGAAAUGAAGUCA